ACUUUCCAAAGCCACUAAAGCCACACCCUCAUUACGAUACCACGUCUAACCACCCCCACGUACCACACUCCCAAAGAACAGUUCAAUUAACCCCCAAAUACGGCGCUAGAGACCCACGGAACAAGUACAGGUCUGUAAUAGUGGUGACGGCGGGCAGGAUAUUGGAACGCUUGAAGGAUGGUGGGGCUGUGUAUGGCCGCUUGAUGUACCCUUAUUAUGGCGCUCAUGUAGUGUUCCCAGCCCGCCCGUAGCCCAGCACACGAUAGAUUUGGCCUCCGAGUAGCAAUAUCCCCGCCCCAGGAGCAGCCAUGACGGAGUACAAGUUGGUGGUCGUCGGCGCUGGAGGUGUUGGUAAGAGUGCGCUCACCAUCCAGCUGAUCCAGAACCACUUCGUGGAUGAGUAUGACCCCACAAUAGAGGACUCGUACCGCAAGCAGGUGGUGAUAGACGGGGAGACGUGCCUGCUGGACAUCCUGGACACGGCAGGUCAAGAGGAAUACAGUGCAAUGCGGGACCAGUACAUGCGGACAGGAGAAGGCUUCCUCCUGGUGUUCGCCGUCAACAACGCCAAGUCCUUCGAGGAUAUCAGCACCUACCGUGAGCAGAUCAAGAGGGUCAAGGAUGCGGAUGUGGUCCCCAUGGUCUUGGUGGGCAACAAGUGUGACCUGCAGGUGCGAGCCAUGGACAUGCAGCAGGCUCGGGAGGUGGCCAAGAACUACGACAUUCCCUUCAUAGAGACCUCAGCCAAGACCCGCAUGGGUGUCGACGAUGCCUUCUACACCUUAGUUAGAGAGAUCAGGAAAGAUAGGGAACGUCGUGGCAAGAAUAGGCACAGUUGCCGGAGGAACAAGAGGAAGUGCAUUGUGUUCUAGGAGCAGUGUGUUGCGUAGACUUGUGAGCCUAAUGGUAUUAACCCCAGGUUUGUGUGGCUGCCACACAGGAACACUCAACACCAAUACAGGACUUGCAAAAACCAUAUUCCGCCACUCUGGUAACAGUGUAGAGAAGCCAUGGAAUAUUUGGGUGUGGUGCCGGGACGGUGCCUGCCAGGGGACCCGCCUGCACCCAGGGACACCAAUGUCUGUGUGACCCAGUGAUCCUGUUGGUCCCUUCUUUUCCCCUUUUUUUUCUUUUUAUAUAAUAAUUCAUGUAAUUUUCUGAAGCCCACAACUCGGAAAGCAUUGGAAAACUUUGCAGUGGUCCGAGGCUGACCCAAAGAAUGUAGUCAAGCAGAAUGCGCUAAGGUCCCAAGAUGGAACUUGAGUUGCUGGUGCCGAGAUGAAGGGGUGAGACAGCCCUCUAGUCUGGCCCAGCUCAGGAGUCACACACACACACACACACACACACACACACACAGAAUCACACACAAACACACACAAACACACUCACACACAGACACACACACAGGUAUCAUGGCAGUGAGUGUUGAUAACAAGCUUGUAGUUGGAGUCCUCUUAAUUACCUUCCAAAAUAUUAAAUUGCCCUCGUGUGGGCUCAGUGGCGAGCUCACCGGCUGAGUGGAAUGGUAGCAGAGGCAGGUGACUGGCUUCUUUAGCUUUUGUAUGAUGGAAUAUUUAAGACUUCAGUUACCUUUUAUACGUCUGUUGUUGGUGCAUGAAGUUGAGAAUGUUGAUCAAACCACACUGGACCGAAGGUGUGGCGCUCCUUAUCAGCCGCGGGGAAGAGUAGUGUGGUGGCAAGGACUCGAGAGAAAGGCCAGGAACAAGGAAGAUGCAAUAUUUGUAGUAAGAAAAGUCUAGGACCCUUAAACCCAUAGUUGAUAUUUCCUUAAUCUGCCAGGAAAUUAUUGGCUCAUGUCCAUUUGUGAAGGAGGAAUUGUGAAUGAGUGUGUCCCGCCGCACGAGGGAGAGUCAACGGGGAGAGUGUGUCGGGAUGCAUAGCGUGCUCAGUGUGGAUGAGCGUCUGGAGUGUUCGGUUGGAUGGGUUCGUUCGUCUGUAGCUUGAUUGGUCACGAUAGACUUAACACAGAGACCGGGUGUUCACGUUGUGUUCAGCGAGUGUUCGAUGUGGAUGUUAGCGUGGCUGGCAGCAGUGAUUGUGGUGAUUGUCGGGCCUGGCAGUGGUGGAUGACAUGGAGCUUUGGAUCAUCAGGGACACACACCUCCACUCAAGGGGGACGCCUAGACACGAGCCAGAGGUGGGGAAUGGCUAACAAAUGCUCUUUUAUCAUUGUAGUUGUGUCAUAAUCAUAAUUUAACACUAGUAGCCCUGUUAGAGUUGCAUCGCUCUAGGUUUGUUUAGUUUUCAAAUCUUGUCUUGUUCCAUGCUCCUUGAGACACCGGUUCUUUUACUGAUGCUGUACAUGAUUGUAAGUUUAGUUUUAAGGAUACUGUGUUAUGAUAGUAAGUGUUGUUUAUCACCUGAUGUUGGAAUAGGUUACACUUUUGAGGCCACUCCAAGCUUCAGAGUUACCUGUCAAUGCUUUCUGGUGAUAUUCAGUUGUACCAAAGUCAUCAUAUCUUGGAGGGGAGUUCAUGUGAGUGCAAUUCAGUCUUUUAUUUAUCUUCAGGAGAAAAGUUAAAUCAUAAGUAACUUUUAGUCUACUCUUGUAAGAGUGGCGCCUCCCACCACCUCUGGCUCGGGUCUGAGUCGUCUGCUGCUGGAGUUGAGGGCGACUAGCGAGGGUGUUGCAGACUGUUCAGUCCAUGUUAUGGCGUCACCGUCAUGGGUGGUCUGAGCUGCUUGGCAUAGAUCAGUUUCAAAUAAUGACCCCAGUUAAUUUUGGUUAAGAACAUGGACUUUUCUGUGGCAUAUUUUUGAGUUUUGAGUUAGCUUACAUUUGGAAUGUCAAAGAGAAAAAUGUAAUUUAUUCAUAAGAAACAAGAUUUUGUCACAUAUGCUAACAUAAUCAUGCUCUUUCAGUUUUCCUGAUUAUAUACAUGUAAUUUACAAAAUAGUUGCAAGGCUGUCAUUCAUUCCCUGGUUCACUAACCUAUUCAGCAAUAAGCUGAUAGAUCAGAAGUAUCGUGGCUCAUCAGGAAAGCUGAAGGAAUAAUGUGUUAACGUCUACAGACGCGUUAUUUUCCAUUCAAAAUAACUAUGUAUUGCCCUUGCAUAAGGAAGGUAAUGAGGAUGUUUUUGGUGAGGCUGCUGGUGUUGCGCCUGCCUCUCAGGGCCACGCCGGCACUAAGGAGCUGAGGCUGUUUGGGCAGACAUGCAGAUGAUCCUCUUGAAAUUCAUUCUCAAAAUUAAUGGUGUAAAUUAAUGCUUAGUGUUACAGAAUAAUUUUUAGGUAAUGAUGCUGUAGGCCAAGUGUUUGAGAGGAAGCAUGUAGUGCAGGGAGGCCAGUGUUUGGCCCUGGCAGUGAGGGGACAGAGAAGCAGCAGCUGACUGUGGACUAUUAGUGUUAUACAGAGGCUCCAUUAGUGAGCCAGCAGGCCUGCCCUCAACCCUACUGCAUCUGGCCUCCACGUCCAAGAGCAUUAAUGUCCGUGUUACAUUGUUCAUUUCAUCAUGUUCCCCAAUGUUAACAAGCUUAGAUGAAACAUGGAGACUAUUCCCUUGUUACUUGAUGUGUGUGUCGGUAACACUGGCUGGCUGUACUUGUUGACGAGUGACCCAAGCAAGUCUCGUGCAGGUUGUUUUUAUGUGUUCACAACUUUUGGUUGCAUUCCCCUCACGUGUCAGAUUAUUUUGUUGUGGUGCUGAGGUAGCUCAGAGCUGAACAGCAGCAGCAUUUGUACCGCGAAGGAAUCCCCGCAUGCCUUGCCCCGGUGCCCCGUGCCCAGCAGCAAGGGGGCACCGCUGCUGCCCGCCCCGAGGCACAUACACCAUCGGCCUGGGGCUGGGUGACCUGCUUCCAGCACGAUGAUCUACAUCUCUUGUUUGUCAGUAUAUUUCUGAUUUUUCAGAUAACUUUUGAGCAUUUUUGAAUGUUAUACUCAUGUAUGUGUGUACAAAUAUUAGGCAACUUGGAGGUUAACAAGAUCACAGGACAUUGCAGGAGUAAAUGUUUUGCUCAUGUGCUGAGAUGCAGUUGGUGUGUGGAGGGCCGGGGGUCAGCGCUGGCCCCUGGCCGGCACUCUCGGUAGGCAGUUCUGUGUCAUUGUAUUUGUGAUAUUUUUUUAUCAUUUUUUAUUCUAUAAAAGUCGAUCAUUGUAUGCAAGUGUUUAUAAUGCAUGUCAAUCUCAUUUUGUUCAGUAUUUUAAAUUGUCAGUUUGAUGACCUUAAUAUAAUUUGUAAAUAUAAGCACGUGCAGGGCAACUCUAAAGUAGAUCAUGAUUAUCUAAAAAAUUAUGUAAUUAUUUAAUUAUAGAUAUAUGUUCUUAUUUGAUUUUGAAAGGGUCACAAGUUUGCUUUGUCACCAUUAGAAGUAUGGUUCUUCCAAGUCUAAUAUAAGCUAGACAUUACUCCAGUAUCUUUCCUGACCCACUGCUGAGAAAGUGCACGAUGUGGGAGGCGCUGCAUCAAGGCUGGACAGUGGAGGCAGCUGAGUGUCCCAAGGAGUCCUGUGUGCUGGCAGAACAAAAUUUUCAUCAUGAGCAUAUUACUUAAAGUCUUAACUAAAUUGUGUAUGUCUUAAGCUUUUUUAACAAGUGACUGACGCAUUUUAAUUCUUUUUAAUAUUUUUCAAAGAGUAAUGCAUAAGUAACAGUCAGUGUAAUAUGUGCCAUAGCAAUUGAAAUCUGAAAGUUUUCAUCUUUUCUAUUCAGUUCAAUUAGUCACUAGUGUGAAUAUUUCUAGCACCUCUCACUGCACCAGAGUGAGGCAUACAGCUGACCCAUCUCCUCUUCAGCUCUAAAGGAAAGUCUGUAAAACGGUCAUGGCAAAAAUGUGUAACACAAAAAUUGCAAA